AUGAUGAAUCUGUGUGCUUAUUUUUGGUAUAAUUUCUUAUGUCUAGUUUUAGGUUAGAGAGGAUGUGAACAAAAUCUCCAUCAUCAUGAGUGCUUUGAACUUCAGUUUAUUACAAAAUUCAUCAUUUGUGCGUCCAGAAUAUUUUUUCAUUAGUGGAUUUUCUGGGCUUCCAUUAAGCCAAUACUAUUAUAUUUUUUUAUUUUUUGUCUAUAUUGUUUCACUGUGUGGAAACUUAAUUGUCCUAUAUAUGAUAUUAGUUGAUCGAAGUUUGCAUAUUCCUAAAUACAUGGGGAUCUUUAAUUUAGCUCUGUCAGAUUUUGGUGAAACAAAUGCACUUAUUCCUAACCUUAUGAAGACUUUCCUUUUUGAUUCACAGUACAUAUCCUAUGAUGCUUGUUUAAGUAACAUGUUUUUUAAUUUUUUCUUCUUUGGUGGGCAGUCUUUAACUCUUGUUGCCCUGGCUUAUGAUCGCUUUAUUGCUAUUUGCUUACCUCUGAGAUACCAUGCUAUUGUAAAUAACUCCUUCAUGUUUGUGACUUUAACAGCAAUAUGGUUAUUUAAUCUUGUUACAAUUGGUACAAUGGUGGUUUUGGUUACACGACUUUCAUUCUGUAAAUCAAAUGAGGUAAAGAGUUUUUUUUGUGACCAUGGGCCAAUUUAUACAAUUGCAUGUAAUGACAACAGUAUAAAUUCCUUCAUGGCAAAAUUUUGUACUGUAGUAUACCUCUAUGCACCAUUGACUGCUAUAGUUUUAUCAUACAUAGGCAUCCUGUUGGCUUUGACUAAGAUUACAACAUGGGAGAGUCGUCUUAAAGCACUCAAAACUUGUGUCUCUCAUCUGUUGAUAGUAGGAGUAUUUUUCUUACCUAUAUUGAGCACAUACCUUGCUGCAGUAGCUUUCUCUAUCCAUCCUAAUGCUAGGAUAAUUAAUACUUCGCUAUCAAGGACUAUUCCACCCAUGUUAAAUCCCAUCAUAUAUGUCUUGAACACAAAGGAUUUCAAAGUCUUUAUAGUGAAAAUGCUUAAAAAGAAAACCAAUAUAAUUCCCCACGUGCACACUAUAACAAAGUGA